CGGAGGAAGAAGAGCUGCGCACACAAUGCACUGCACGGCUGACAAGGGUUGUGUCUGCCUCAUUUUCACCAUUAAUUCUCAGUUCCGUGGAAACUUGCGAGAGAAAGGCUGCGGAUCCUUUCCGAUUCCUCUCUCAAAAUAUUUGGAGUCUGAGCUCGCUAAUAUAUCGCCGAGCGGAAGCGACGGUCAAGCGGUUCAUCUACUUCCAAACAUUGGAUUACAAGGAGGGUUUGAUGAAGGAGAAGACAAGCCCGACGGGCGCCCGAGUGCCGACACCUUGUAAAUCGACAUCGAGGCUUUAAAAUUUGGGCCUCAGAGGUUUCUCUUAAUACGAACGAAGAACGACGGAGGAGUUGUUCGAUUAGUCGAAACGGCACAACAUAGUGUUUGUUUCGUAGUUUGAAAAUUACCGUAUGUACAAUUAGCCUUCCUUAAAAUCUGAGUGGUUCUUGCGGAAGGCUAACAGCUAGCCAAAUUGCUAACGACGUUACGUCUUUCUUUUGAUGAAUUCAACCAUCACCAUCGGCCAUUAGCACUUCAGCAGCAGGAAUAUUUGCUCUUUUGGGCAGAUGGGAAAUACGCCCAGCUGUACUAUUCGACCUGUCAACCUUUGAACAUGUUAUAAGAACAUAAGCAUAUUCUUAGGUCUUGUGUAUAUAUAAUAUUGUAUCGCUUUAGCUAAGCUAUCCGCAACAGCUAAACAUUGAUCACCUAUUUCUAGUAGAAUUAAAUCCAUAGUUAAUAAACCUGUUUUAUUAGUUACAUUUAUAUGAACUUUAACUGUCAAUGUUAAACUUUGACAGUAAUGUUAAAUUUUAUUUCAAAUGGUUGGUUAUUGGCCUUGCUAACAAGCUAAUCGUAUGUCAUUAUUGCUAAUAAAUUUGUCGACUUGUAUUGAAAAAAAAAAAUCUAGAGAAAAUCGGAUUUGUGUCGAUAAAUAUUGCUGAUGUUGUUGUACUUAUUAUUUUGUAAUCUAUAGAUAACCUGUUUUGGUCUGUCUGUGUGUUAUCUGGGCUUUCCUUUUUUUGUUUACAUGCGCCUUGUUAGCUCAUAUAAGCCUCAGAUGAGACAGUAAGCUAGGUUUCUGACAUCUGCGUGACGUCCUGGAUGUUUGAUAUUCCCCGGUGGAUCUACGUGUUUGUUCAUAUUCAGUGAGAUGACACUAAAAUUCCGCAAAAAGAAAGGCACUGAUGGCAGUAGACUGUUGUCAGGGGACGGUAAAUAAUAGCCACUGGUUCCAUUAACGCCAUUUUAACAGGGACUCCCUUUUAGGGCCUGUGUGUGGUGUGGUUGUUUUUCCUUCUUUUACAUUUACGGUUCGGUGCCUUCGGCCGGACCGGGACUUUAAAGAAAAAAGUGCCUUUGGUCCCAUUGGAGAUACAAAGGGAGGCGGCAUCGGGGUAUGGAGGGUCCGAGCCGAAGCUCUGGGAUGAGAAAAAGCCGACGAUCCCGUUCGCAGCGCGACAGGGAGCUGAGGCGGCGCAGGCGAGUCAACCUAGCCGAGGAGAGGGCCACAUCCCUGUCCUCAGGCUCCGACCGAGAGGGGCAUGGGACGAACGGCGUUCUUGGUUCCGGUGGACGGGAAUGUAGGCCCGGAUUCGGGAGACACAGGCCUCCGCGUCGGAGGAAGAGGGAGUCGGUUUCAUGCGAAGAAGACAUCAUUGACGGCUUCGCUAUCGCAAGCUUCAUAAGCUUGGAGGCUUUGGAGAUGGAUUGUUCUCUGAAGCCCAAUCAGCGUGAUGAUAUCCUUCGAAGGCAGAGCAGGGGGAAGCGAGGCCCUGAGGAGAACGGCGGCGGGCUGCUGUCAGAGCCUGAGGAAGGGGCCCCACACAGCUACUCCAGCAGCUACCUAAAGAGGAGAAACAAACGGAGAAAAAUAGAGGGUUCUCAUUUGGAGACAGGCUACAUUUGCGACACAGAGAGCGAUACUGGAGAUAAGGCCUCCGACAAUGAAAUGGAUCCAGUGUUCACAGUCAGCACCAGAAAAGCUGUGGAACCAUCCCCUUCAAAUUUGGGAACAUCGGGCAAAAGUUGCCCUCCUCUGUCGGCACGUUGCGGUGGCAUCUCGAGGUUAAUGGUGACCCCGCGAGUAUCUGGUCUGGAACGAAGUCAGGAGAAAAGCCUGGAGUCGCACCUCCCAGAGCCGGUUCCUUCUUCUACCUCCUCUGGCCCAAACCUUUCUUGCCUGUCUUCCCACUCUCCAGUCACAGCCUCCGCCGCCGUCCCCCGACCCAGCCCAGUCAAUGGGAAUAGCACUCACCACAACGACACCCCAUCCCUUCCUGGUCCACCCCCCUCGUUCCUCGAGUUGCGUCGAUCUGGCAGUGGCCGGUUAAAACUUCCAACAGCUUCAUCUGUUGCCUCUUCCUCAUCUUCCAUGCUUGCUCCCACUAACGCCACCUUGGUGUCAAUGCGCUUCAGUCGGGGCUUAGGCUCCUCUGGCCCUCUGCGACCCCCGUCCCGUGCCAGCUCUGGGAACUUGUGCACGUCCUCCCCAGGUCUGCCUCCACCACCUCCUUUGCUUCCUCCUGCUCACCCGGCUGCUGCAGAGCGCGAGGGCAGACGCAGCGUGCCGGGGGCAGAGAACAAUUCUGCAGCGGCGGGUCGCAACACCCCUGGCGGUCCAUCUGCACCAAACUCUGCGUCCAGCUCGUCAGGCAGGACGUCCCAGAACGUCCCGCCGCUGGCCUUCCAGUUCCAUCAGCACAACCACCAGCACCAACAUACGCACACGCACCAACAUUUCACGCCCUUCCCACACCUCUCAGCCACGGCACAGCCUAUGUUUGAUAAGUUCCCCGGCAAAAUGGAGGGACUUUAUCGACACCCUUUCUUCCAGUACCCUCCACCUCCGGUGUCAAAUAUUCCGCCUGUUAUUCCUCCUGCCGGACCCUUCAGCUCUUUGCAAGGAGCGUUUCAGCCAAAGCCUCUUGUCCCUCAGGGAACGGCUCCUGAUAUAACAGCACGACUCGGAGUUGUGCCUCACCACCUGCAGACCAAAGACCACAGGCUAAAUGAUCCAUAUGUGACAUCACUGAAAACCAGUAAUAAACCGGGAAAAUGGUGUGCUAUGCACAUACAUGUGGCCUGGAUGAUUUUAAGCCAUCAGAGAAAAGUGAAGCUGAUGCAGGCCGAUCCUCACAAGUUGGACUUCCGGAGCGACCUGCUGCGUUAUUCUGGACCUGUAGGCCUGGGAGGAUCCAUGCCUCCGACUCAUGAUUUGACCCGACCUCCGAGUCUCUUCCCUGCUACAGGUCCAGUCAACCCUUCUGCCCCGCAUUUCCUCACCCCGUCAGCAUCACAUCCUCCUUUCCUUCCACCGGGUGCACACUUGGAUCCUUAUGGUCGAUCCCCUCCGUUUGCUCCACUGGGAGCCCUUGGUUCUGGUGCCUUUGGAGGACUUGGCAGCCCAGCACUGGCUGGCUCUGUGUUUAGCCCUAAAGACGCCCCACCAGGAGGAAUGCCCACUUCCAACCAUCAUGAGGCCUGGAACAUUGUACGCAGCGGCCCUUCAGGUUUCCCAGGAGGUCCUUGGGUCAAAGGAGUGGAUAAAAGGGAUGAAAGAGAGCGAGGGAAGGAACUAGAUAGGAGAGAAAUGCCCCACAUUAAGGAUGAAAAGGACAGAGACAGUUUGAUGUACGGCCGACAGCCUGUGAGAAUGUCUCCAGCCCCUCUGACUUUCAAGCCCCGCAGUAGCACACCGGUCAACCACAUUAACGGCCACAGCAGCUCCCUGGGAGGGAGCGCUGGAGCCAUGGAGGACCUGACACGGAGUCUGAACAGAGACCGCGACAGAGACGGAGACAAGAGGCCACUGCCGACCGCGUCCUCCAGGGCUCCUCUUGGCUCUUCAUCUUUAGUAGCAGACAGAGACAGGCCGCGCUCUUCCUCAUCCUCUGUGCUCACCACUCCACCUCCCUCGCACCGCUCCAUCUCAUCACCCUUGGACAUUUAUUCUCGCUCCCAAGCCCAAACGGCACAAAACCUCCACAACGACCAUCCCCAAAGAGACGGUAACCUUCCUGCUUCCUCUGCAGCUUCAUCCUCCAUUUCUUCUUUGUCCCACGCCAAGAAGUCGGACCGCACCACAACGCCCGUGUCUAAAACUGGCCUGCUUUUGCCGCCAGUUAAAGUAAAAGAGGAGAGGAAGGAGGAGCCGGAGCACAUCCCCAUCACCCUUCCUCCCCCAGCCCCCGGGCACGCCUUUGACCGCCCCAGUAGCCACCCACACCACCCCAGCUCUGGUACCCCUUCGUCUUGCUCUUUGUCACUUACUCCCACUCCUGGCGUUUCUCUCCCACCUCCCACUCUUAACCCUCCUCCCCAUCUCCCGAUGCUGGAGCGCUCCAGGAUCGAAGCGCUCCUUGGAAGCGCGCAGGGGGUGCCAGGAUUGACGGUCGGUUUAGCAGGAGAAAGAUUUUCACACGGACCCCCGCCGGGACCGCCUCAGGGUCCGCAUGGCUACGGCUUUGACCCGUGGGGGGGACAUCGGAGGGAGCCUUUGGCACUUCGGUCGGAUCCCCACCUGGCCCUGAGAACCGACCCGCAUUUAGCCCGGCUUUUACAUCAAAGGCAACUCAUGGAGGCUGAGCGGGCGGCGACUCUAGCCGCAGCCGCCGCCCCUCAUCACCCUCCGACCUCUACCUCCGCCUCCUCCGCUAUUCGCCCCGAGUUUGGCCUGAUGACGUCCUAUGAGCGCUCUCAGCUUUUAGACGAGGAGCAGAGAGCCCUGAGGGAAAGCUUUGGCGCUAGCUACUUCGCGAUGCACCCACACCUCCCUCCUGGGUCUCACCUCUCCAGCCCUUCUCACGCCGCCGCAGCUGCCGCUCAUCUGGACCAGCUCCAUCAGGGCCUCCUCCCUCACCACGGAGCCGGCCCCGGUCCCCAGCACCACCCCAGCCUCUACUCCCGUCUAGGGCCCAUCAACCCACACGCCAUGUCUAAUGGCAUGCUCGCAAAGGACCUCAUGGGGGCUCUGUCGGUCGGGGCACCGCCUCCGCUCAUUCCGUCCAUCGCCAGCCGCUCGGCCACACCGCCUCGUACUUCCAGACUCGGCGGUCCAGGUGAGCUGGCGCUGUACAGCACCCACAAAGACGGAGAGUCCAGAUAGUAGUGGAACACGGCUGGAGGAGAUGAAGGGAAAUGUCAGGAUCACUGUGCUGCUCUCAAACUGCCCCCUUUUCCUCCUGCAGACUACUAAAGCCCUGCCUUCCCAGUUACACAACCAGACCAGCUCCAGUCGUCACAAAAUGUAAAAAACAAAAAAAAAGGAGAAAAGUCGACCGGCUGGAGUCGAUGGUUUGGAUCUAUAUGAAAGACUUGGAAUAUGCUCAGUGGUUUUAUCAGUGCAAUUUAAAGGUACAUGGUUUCUGUGCAUCCUUGAUGUAUUUUUAUUUUCUAUGGACUGUCGGUUAUCACAGCGCUCAGAUUUGAAAGCUGUAGGAAGAGGCAGAGGACAGCUUUCUUUCAUUAAUCAGGUGAAUUAUAAAUCAUGCUCUUAGUUAAGCAUUUUGGAGCUGAAUCGGGAAUAAUUUUAAGGUUUGCUCACCUUCGUUCUUAACUUGGUUAACUUAUAAAAUACCUUCAUGCCCUCUUCCACUUAUACCGGGUAUUUUUUAAGAUGGGGUGUUUUAAACAAGAAAAGGUAAAGUGGUGCUUUUUCCUCCUUUUUUUUCUGCAUCCAUUAUUGUGAACUGGUGAGCUCAUUUAUUUCUGAUCAGAAAACAUCUUACCUCAGUUUUCUGCUUUACCCUAACCUUCAUCUUUAAUCAUGAGAUUCCUUCCUAGUUCUGCUGGGUUCUCUUGUUGAAAUGAACUGUGCUACACUGUGUGAGUAAACACAGCAUUUUAGAGCUUCCUGUAACUGUUUCCCAGUUUCCUCUCAUCUGUAAGAGCAGGUCCAGAAUAUAGUAGAUUAGAGAAAUUGCCUUUGUAAUUAUGAUACUUAACAUUAAUUAUCUUCUAUAAUAAUAAAUAUAUUCAUUGUUAUGUUAUUUGUCUUUGUUUGGUUACCAACCAGCACUCUUUCCCCCCCUGGGCAGGAAAAAAAAGGCUUGCUUCAUGGGACGCUUUUUAAAUGCUUGUGAACAUUAAGCCUUAUCCAUUUCAACCUCUGGCCUCUUCAAGGAACUGAGCUGCGACUUUAAAGCUGAGAGCGAAGUUUGCCUGUGAGUCACUGGUUAUGUGCUAUCUGUUGGGACCGCGGGAGCCUUGUACAUUGAACUGUCAUCUAAUUCAUCAACAAAAAUAAAUUAUAUACCUGGAUUAGUGGGAAAUCUGCUGAAAAAACUGAAGAAGAAAAAAAAAGAAUAUAGGGACUUGUGUCAAAAAUGCAAUUAGAGACGGAGGAGAUCCUGAGAGGGGAAAAGACUGGGUCGAUUAUUUUAAUAUGACCGUUUUAUACCUUUCAAACCCUCCCCUAGAGACCACAAAGAAUAAUUAUUAAAUGAAUUGUUGUCUA